CUGAGCGGGGGAGAGACGGGCAGGCAAGGGGACAGGGGGACAGCCAGCCGCGGCGGGGGGGACGGACAGACGGACAAGGGACAGGCAACCCCGGGGACACACGCACAGAUAGACACACGGGGACAGACAGACGGACAGGGGACAGCCAGCCCCUGGGAGAGGGGGGGGACACAGGCACAGGCGGCCUGACGCGGAGGACGGACAGCCACAAGGGGUGCAGGCAGCCGAGGGGGUGGGACACGGGGACAGACAGCGCAACGCACGGACAGACGGACAAGGUGGCAAGGGGACACACACACACCGCACCAGCCAGGAGCACCCCCAGGGAGCGGGGGACCCCCGGGACCGGGGCUGUGUGGAGCCUCCCCGCGGGGACACCGGGAUCGCGCAGCAGGACCGCUGCUCCGCGGGCGGGGAGAGCCCCGGGGGGGGCCACGGCGGCUCCCCCGCCGCCUUCCCCCACCGGGGAUGCAGCCCGGAGCCGCGGGGAGCCGCGGAGAGAGAUUUCGGGGCACAACAUCCCCAAACCCACCUGGGACUGCGUGUCCCCACAGGGAUUUGAAGCUGGGCCAAGCGGUGGUGGAAAUGUCAUUGUCACGGCACGGGGGCCCAGCGAAGUGAAGGCUGCGCGGCUGGGAAGGGAGCGGGACGCCGCCGCACCGAGCUCCACUCCACAGCCCCGCAGGGGGACAGCCCCAAAAAGCCAGCGCAGCCCUGGUCGGGGGGAGCAGCCAGGGGACCGUGGGGUUCAUCUGCGCUCCCACGGGCUCCCACAGGACAAUACCUGGGGGCCAGGAGCCACCCCACUGCCCACUUGGCGUUUGGGACGUUGGCCUCUCGACCGGACUCUGACACCUAUCUGAGCCCGAUGAGGAGCCGGGGCUGCGCAUGAACCUAUGCAGACCAGGAAGAAAUACAUUUUCCUGACUUUCCUCGCCUCUUGGCUCCUGCUUUUCUUUGGAGGGGACCAGCUGCGCCGUUUCACUUUCUUUUCUGGGAGGAAAGCCGAAGCCCGGAGGAAUUGGCCCCACUGGACGGAUCAGUCCCUCCUCAAAAGCUUUGCAGAUCUUGAGGAGCUCCAAAGCGAUGGAGACCCCUCACUGCCAUCACCCCGGGAGCGGCGGGCAGCGCGGCUGAGCGUCUACAAGAACAGCAGAUGCCGGAUGGAAACCUGCUUCGAUUUCUCCAGGUGCGAGAAGCACGGCUUCAAAGUCUUCACCUACCCCCGGGAGAGGGAUCAGCCCCUCUCGGAGAGUUACGGCAAAAUCCUCGCCUCCAUCGAGCGCUCUCGCUACUACACCCCGAACCCCGAGGAAGCCUGCCUCUUCAUCCUCAGCAUCGACACGCUGGACCGCGACCAUCUCUCGGGUCAAUACGUCCGUAACGUCGAUGAGAAAAUCCGCAGCUUCCCGCUCUGGAAUGGCGGCCGUAAUCACCUCAUCUUCAACCUCUACUCGGGCACCUGGCCCAAUUACACCGAGGACCUGGGUUUUGAUAUCGGCCAGGCCAUCCUGGCCAAAGCCAGCUUCUACACCGAGAGCUUCAGACCCGGCUUCGACAUCUCCAUCCCCCUUUUCCCCAAGGACCACCCGCAGCGCGGCGGGGAGAAGGGGUGGUUGUACCAGGACUCGAUCCCUCCGAAAAAGAAAUACUUGUUGGUGUUCAAGGGGAAGCGGUACCUGACCGGCAUCGGCUCCGGCACCAGGAACGCGCUGCACCACAUCCACAACGGGAAGGACAUCAUCUCGCUCACCACCUGCAAGCACGGCAAGGACUGGGAGAAGCACAAGGACACGCGCUGCGACAAGGAUAACGUCGACUACGAAAAGUUUGACUACCAGGAGCUGCUGCACAACUCCACCUUCUGCAUCGUGCCCCGGGGCAGGCGCUUGGGUUCUUUCCGCUUCUUGGAGGCACUGCAGGCUGCCUGCAUCCCCGUGCUGCUGAGCGACGGCUGGGAGCUGCCCUUCGCCGAAGCCAUCGACUGGGGCAAAGCUGCUGUUGUGGGAAAUGAGAGGCUGCUGCUACAGAUCCCCUCCGCCGUCCGCUGCAUCCACCCGGAGCGCGUGCUGGCUUUCCAGCAGCAAACCCAGUUCCUGUGGGACGCGUACUUCUCCUCCGUCGACAAGAUUGUGCACACUACGCUGGAGAUCAUCAGGGACCGGCUGCUCCCGCACCGCUCCCGCUCCCGCUUCCUCUGGAACGCACCGCCCGGGGGGCUCUUGGCUCUGCCUGACUUUUCCACCCACCUCAGGGACUUUCCCUUCUACUACCUGCAGCACGGCUCCAGCCCCUCCAAGAAGUUCACAGCUUUCAUCCGGGCCAUCUCGCCGGUGGGGUCCUCCUCCCAGCCCAUCCUCAGGCUGAUCCAGGCCGUCUCCGGAUCCCAGUACUGUGCUCAGAUCCUGGUGCUGUGGAGCUGUGAGAAGCCGCCGCCGCCGAGUGGGAAAUGGCCCCAGACCACCGUGCCUCUGACCAUCAUCCAGGGCAGGGGGAAGCUCAGCGACCGCUUCUUCCCCUACGCGGCCAUCCAGACGGACGCCGUGCUGAGCCUGGACGAGCACACCAGCCUCUCAACCAGCGAGGUGGACUUUGCCUUUGUGGUGUGGCGCAGCUUCCCCGAGCGCAUCGUGGGCUUCCCCAUGCGGAGCCACUUCUGGGACCCCGAGCAGAGGCGUUGGGGCUACACGUCCAAGUGGACCAACGAGCUCUCCAUCAUCCUCACCGCCGCUGCCUUCUAUCACAGGUAUUAUCACAACCUCUUCACGGAAUACCUGCCGGCGGGGCUGCGGGAGCUGGUGGACGGCCUGGCCGCCUGCGAGGACAUCCUGAUGAACGUCCUCGUGGCCGCCGUCACCAAGCUGCCACCCAUCAAGGUCACCCAGAGGAAGCAGCACAAGGAGACUGUGCCCCAGCAGGUAGGGUGCAAGGAUGGGGAUGCGGGGACCCCCCCGGCCGGGGUGCGGAGCCCCUCACCCUCACACUCCCCUCCUGCCAAGGUGAAGGGCACAGCAGGGGCGGCCGGCGCCCGGCGUUUCUCCCAACGGCAGGAUUGCCUCAACCAGUUGGUGGACUGGUUCGGCUACAUGCCCCUCGUGUCCUCCCAGCUGCGCCUCGACCCUGUCCUCUUCAAGGACCAGGUCUCCGUCCUGCGCAAGAAAUACCCACGCUUGGAGAAACCCUGAGGGCUGCCAGGGAUAUGGGCUGGCUCUGGGUGCCCCGUUGGUGGUUCAUGGAGCCCUCCCGGCACAGGCGGUCGCUGAUGACGGGGGUUUUACUCGUUAUUGGGUUUUACCAGUACAAUAAAGGUGGGUGGAGAGGCAGA